UAUUAUACCAUUCACCAUUUCAGAAUCCAACCCAAAUCUCUAUUUUUUUCAUUACCCUGACCACCGCCGCCAUCACAACUCACGACCGCCCAGCCCGGCAGAUUUUCUCAUAGGCUGCAAAGUGCGAAUCCGACGUAAAGAGUUGAACCAGAAAAAGAAAGAAGCACCCAAAGGCAGUGCUGUGCCAUCCUGACGUCAUACCGUUACUGUUUGCGUCACCUUCAGUCAGUCAGAAUACGACGGCUCAGCGGCCACCACAAGAAGACAAAGACAGUAGAUAAAGGUGGGGUAUUUUAGUAAUUGGUCUUCCUCGUCUCAGUUGUCCUCGCACACCACCCUUACCAUUUGUUUAUAAUCUAAACUCUCUUCACCAGCUUCGUCACAGAAACAGAAACUGAAAGAAAGACAGAGAGAGAGAUGACAAUGGCUGCUUUGAAUAUCCUAUCUCAGCCAUGGCCACCUCUCUCUUUUUCCAAUAAUAAUAUUUCAUAUCUAACCAAAUGCAUUAGCAAUACUAAAUUACUUUCUUUGUCUCAUUCUUAUCACUUCUCUGUUCUCUCUUCUCUCUAUGGAACCAACAGACCAAACUCUUCAUCCAAGCUCUCUUCAAUGCCCACCCACCUCUCAAAGUCUGGGACUCUUGCUGCAGGCAGUGGAUAUUCCUGGAUACAAGACAAUUCCAUGCAUCAUAAUGAUGUUUAUGGCAGUGAAUGCGGUGAGGUCCCAUUGCAUUCCGUGUUUCCAACAAAGGCUGCGGAGGUUUCUUCUGUAGAGGACCUUUAUGAGUUUAUAAGCUCAGGUCCAUUCAUGAACAGCCUGGGUCUAACCCCAGAAGGCGUGGCUGAAUCCAUUGACAAGUGGUUGGCAUAUGGGUUACACCUGUGUCGGCUGUUUCAGCUCAAUGAAUUGGACCUCUCAUUUCCUCAGAAAGUUAGGCUAUAUCACUACUAUCUUCCGGUCUUUUUUUGGUGUGAAGAUCAGAUAUCUCAGCACAGAUCCCAGUACAAAGAUGGAGAAGAUAUACCUCCUCUAGUGAUUGGGUUUAGUGCACCACAAGGUUGUGGGAAGACUACACUUGUCUUUGCUCUUGAUUAUCUUUUCAAAGUUACUGGCAGGAAGUCUGCCACAAUAUCCAUUGAUGACUUUUAUUUGACAGCAGAGAAUCAGGCUAAACUAAGAGAAGCGCACCCAGGAAAUGCACUUUUAGAGUUACGCGGAAAUGCUGGCAGCCAUGACCUUCCAUUUUCUGUCGAGACACUGACUGCUCUAAGCAAUUUGAGUAAAGAAGGUAUGAAGAUGAAGCUUCCCCGAUAUGACAAGUCUGCUUACAAUGGAAAGGGAGACAGAGCCGAUCCUUCGACAUGGCCUGAAGUGGAAGGGCCACUUACUGUUGUUCUAUUUGAAGGUUGGAUGCUUGGCUUCAAACCUGUUCCUGUGGAAGUUGUCAAAGCAGUUGAUCCACAGCUUGAGACGGUAAAUAGAAAUCUGGAAGCCUAUUACGAUGCAUGGGACAAGUUCAUCAAAGCAUGGAUUAUAAUCAAGAUCAAAGAUCCCAGCUGUGUCUACCAGUGGCGUCUGCAGGCAGAGAUUGCCAUGAGAGAAGCAGGAAACCCCGGAAUGUCCGAUGAUGAGGUAAAGGAUUUUGUUUCACGGUACUUGCCAGCAUACAACGCUUACCUUCCUACCCUUUAUUCCGAAGGACCAAGAGGGUCAGAUCCAAAGCACCUCAUCGUUGUAGAAAUUGAUGAGGGAAGGAACCCCAUCCUUGGUAACUAGUUCUUGAGAUGUAAGAUCCCCAAUUUUGAUUUCUUGACAUGUCAAUUGCACGGGUGAUCAGUAUUGGAGAAGCUCUGUUUCAAAUGUAAAAAGGUAAAUGCAAGUACCUAAGGGCCUAAGGUAAAUGCAGUAAUCAUAAUUUCUAUUAACUAAAUGAAUUUGUUUACAACCACUUCAUUACAAUCAUCUGUGAUUUAUUUGUACUGAUCCCACACAAUGGCAAUAAUCUAAGGACCACAGCAGCAGCCACCAUAGCAGCAACAGCAGCAGAACAUAGCAAACAAACUGCAAUACCAAUGUAAUCCAAUAUUAAGCAUAGGGUAGUAAGAUCAAGAAAUGAGAAACGUAUGAAAUUCAGAUUAGUGAGAACUGAGGAACAAACCAAGCAGAGAAAAAGCCCUUCUCCUCCUUGCGUUUUCGGACAUGAUCACAGCAUAACAUCUUUUGUUUUGGUGAUGCACCUUCAAAUUCCAUUGCUUCUUUCUGAUAUGAGACCAUCGAAAUACAAUCUAAAUCACACCAUGAAAUGACCGGUAUAUAUAGAGGAAACAAGUAGCAAAGAAGAAAACAAAGCCUUGGCUUAGCUGUGUUUCUCACUUGUCCAUUUAUGAUGGUAGUUAGGAGAAUGAGAAUGGCAAAGAUUUAGCCUUCUAUUUGGCUCCCAUUGAUAACCCAUGACACUGUGUUAUGGUAAAGAGCCCUAUUCCAGCUAUGAGAAAACAUUUUGUUACAACUGCCACAUGGAAGCUAUAAAUGUACGAUUUUAGCAGAAUAUGUAACUAUCUGGAAGUUUAGCAGAAGUUGAUAGAGCACAGCAUGAUGAGUGAUGAGUCUCAUGGGACAUGAGCCAUUCAGUCUCUUCAAAGCAACUUAUUGCUUCCUUUGUAAGCAAAGACAACAUGAAAAUGUAAACCCCUUUUAUCAUUAGUCAUCUGUAACGAAAGAAGCAAUAUUCUGAAAACUCAUAUUGCUGUUUUUGACUUAAUUUGUACAGAAGCAGCUUAAAGAUGAAGUUUUGUAAAGCAUAUUGAUUUAAUUUGUUGCUUUUGUGGAACC